AGACAUAUAAUUGUACGUGUUAAACUAACUCACUGAUAUCAGGCAAAUAUUUACAUCUUUUAUGUGAUGUCAGAUGAAGAUGAUUCCAGAAGACUUGUCGUGGCCAUAACAGAUUUCCUUAGAGAGCAGUUGCAGAGCAGAGAGGACAUGACUCCUGAAGACAGAGAUAGCUUAGAAAUAGCCAUAGAAUGCUUAGAAAUGGCGUAUGGCUUAGAAAACAAUGAUUACACAUUACUGCGAUUUUCCAGACCGCUUCAAGAUAUGUUUGCUCAAGUGGCCAAUCCUGUUCCUGUUAAAGCUAAACUAGAAGCUGAUGAGUGCAAAAUCGAAGGGAAUAGGAAAGUGGUACAAGGCCAGUUCCAGGAAGCUGUUGAUUUGUAUACCAGAGCUAUAGAGCUAGACAAGUGGAACGCAAUUUACUACUGCAAUCGAGCAGGAGCCAGAAUUGAGCUUAGGAAUUUUUUCGAUGCUGUGGAAGACUGUAGAUUCGCUCUUACACUGAACCCUGACUAUGCUAAAGCAUAUGCAAGAAUGGGGCAAGCUUAUGCUAUGAUGAACAAGCAUCGUAGAGCAGCCUGGUGUUAUCGAAAAGCCUUGGAUUUGGAACCGGAGAAUGAACAAUACAGAAAUAACCUUUCAGUUUCAGAAAAUCAAUCUGGUGUCCAAGGUAGUAUAUCAAUUUUACAGAACAUACUUUCUUCAAUUUUUGGUGGAGGAAGUUCAAAUCAAGGCAACGACUUUGGUGGUAUUUUUAUGCCAUCUGCAGUUGCCAUUAUAACACGGACGCCUCAACGCGCUGACAGCGAAACUGAUGAUCAAUCUUCUGUUGAUGAGUCUAUGAAUAUACACCAGGAUAUCGCCCAGACUCCAGUAAAUAACGGAAAAGAAACUGGAUAUGAUUCAGAGACAAGCAGACCAGACAGUAUCUUUUCGAAUCAGAAUACAAACAAUUCAACCUUACUUCAGAACUCUAGUCUAAAUGCUGAAGAAUGUAGAAAAGAAAAGCCAUAUAACGAUCAAACUGCAGAAUCUGAAGUUCCAAAUUUUUCAAUUUCAAGUAUUCCUGCAGAAUAUUGUUAUGCUAAUGAAUCGGCUGUUACUGAGAAUACAACUACAGAAAGUAAUAUACUGUCUAAUGAAAUGCAACAGAAUAAUAACUUAUCUCAGAGUAACAGUAAUUCACAGAAAUGUAAAUACCAAACUUUAAAUACCGAAUCCAAAGAUUCAACACAAAUUAUGGAUUCAAUUUCAAAUAAUAUUCUGAGGAAAGAUAAUGACAAGAUUGAACCUUCAACAGAAAAUGACGUAAAUUCCAGUAGCGCAGCUUCAGAUAAAUCAAAAAACGAAAAAUUGGUAAGUAAAGAAUGUGAUUCAGUUAAUCAAAACAAGAAAGAUGAUAGUAGUAAAACCUAAAUAUGAUGAAAGUGUUUAGACAGUAUUUUAGCUGCGCUGAAAAUUAAAAGAAAUUUGACUCUACUGACAUUCUGAUUUCAUAAAUUUUAAUUCGGAUUGAACAGUUUUGAAAGAAAGAUAGAAAUUUGCUCUGUAUAUUAGCUAAUCAGCGAAGAAAUGACAAAAUGUGCGAUCAAUCUUUUAUUUUACAUCGAAACUGUAAUCAGGUUAAUAAAUUUUGUAUAAAUUAGGAUUUA